CGCCGUUAGGUUAAUUUUCGUAAAUACAUGUAUAGUUGCCUGUUUUGACGGGAAUUUUGACUCGCUAUUCGACUCGGGAUUGCUUAGCAUUAUUCUACCAUGAGCCGCUUUUUCGAAGAUGCCGAUACCGCAAAAAACUAUCUACGGUACCGCCCUGGAUACUCUAAUGAAGUGGUUGAUACGAUGAUCUCAUUUCUUGCUGCAAAGAGAGCAGGACCAUAUGAGUUAGCUUUGGAUGUUGGAUGUGGGUCUGGCCAAUUGACGCGCUCUCUCUCAACUCACUUUGCCCGAGUUAUCGGUUUGGAUAUAAGCGAAGCGCAGAUCGACGCCGCACAAACUGUCCCAAAUCCUCAGAAUGUGUCGUUCAGUAAGGCUUUAUGUCCUAUAGUAAUUGUCACUUGCAGGGUUGGACGAGCAGAGAACCUACCGGCGGCCGACGCAUCGGUGGACAUCAUCACUUCGGCCACCGCUAGUCAUUAUUUCAACUGGGAUAUCUUCGGAAAGGAGGUUGAGCGUGUCCUGAAACCGAACGGUUGCCUCGUCGCAUUGUCCUACGAUUUCUUCUACAUCGAACACCAGGAUGAAGGCGUGGCAAAGAAAUUGGCCGAGUGCAUUGAAUCGCAUAUGGACUAUAUUACAAACUCUGAACUGAGAAAAAGUACUCCAGAGGAUUACCUAACGUACAGAGAUCAGUACAAGGAAUGUCUUCCACUGUCAUACACUGACCAGGAAAGGAUCGACAUGACAAUGAACAAGACCAUGAAUCUACGAGAGUUUAUUGAGUUUCAUAAAACUUGGGCUAACUUUAUCAAACUACACAACGAAGACCCGGAUGCUACACUUGCUCACUUUGAAAAAAAAAAUUUAAUGAACAUCAGGCCCUUACGGGGCCUUAUUGAUAGUAAGAUCAAGGAAUUUAUCAGGAAUUGUAUUUGAUGAUGACGAUAAUAAUGAUGGUGAUAUUAAUAUUAGUAGUAAGAAGAGCAGCAGCAG